AUGAACACGCAUUUCGGACUGCAAGUCUCUUCAACUUCUGCACACUCUUUUCGUAAUCUCCGCACUCCUCGUCCAACCCUUCUUAACUCCGAGUUCCUUCAAGCCCACAGCCAGACUGUGCGGCAGCUCCGGCCAACUAUUGACGUCGCGCUGCUGGGGUACAUGAGAGUCGCGCAAAGGAAGGCCAUUGUUGCGCAACACGCCAGCCCCAUUUCACUCCCGCUGCGAUUGACUGUCCUAAGGAGCGUGCCUGGUUUUGCAGGUUUACCGUGA